GUUCAAUCGUUGAGCGUGUAACGCGUUCAAAUAGUACCCCACCAACUCUCAGUUUCGGUUUUCAGAUUGUCCUGAUCUUGCGCUCGCGUCAUUGCUAAUUGUUGUCAACCGCUUUCAUUAAUAGAUAUAUAUUUGAACGUUCCCCCAGUACACAACGUACCACCACAUAUUAGCAUCUCAUUAAAGGAUUUACUCCUACGACAAUUCCAGCCGUUUAGUCGAGUUGCACAUUGCAAACCACAGGAUGGAAGAAACUGAACAUGUUGCCCGGCGGCUCGACCGCAUGCUAAAAAACAAAAAAAUAGUAUGCUUUGGUCCAGCUUUCGUAAUGUAUUUUCUCAGGAUGAUGAAUCUGCGCUGAAAUACCUUAGGAGAUUGCGAAGCAUCGAGAUGACUCUGGAGAUCUUAACGAAAACCGGUGUAGGUAUAAUUAUCAACAAGAUAAGAAAGGAGUCAGAAGAUCCGGAGGUUGCUACAUUGGGGAAAAACAUGAUAAAGCAGUGGAAAAAGCUGGUCCCAGACAAAAGUGAAGCUCCUGCAUCUUGCACCAAUAGUGUUGGCAAUAACAAUAAUGACAGUGGCAACAAUAAUGACAACAAACAUUCACCUGAGUCAAAUAACUACAAUGUCUGUGACGAUGGAGGACCACAAGAAGCCAAACGGUCUCGGCCAAGUGAAAAGAAGGAAUCUACAGAACUGUCGGGAAAUGCAAGUCGUGGCUUUUUUCCUGUCCACACUUUGACUACAACAGAUCAAGUACGUUUAAAAGCCAGAGAGAUGCUUCAAUCAGCACUAGAAAGUGGCAAUAUUCCUAGCGGUGCUUAUGAAAGUGAGUUCCUAGCAAUACGAAUAGAAAGCUCCAUAUAUGAUCUUUUCAACAAUACUGAUCCCAAGUACAAACAACGAGUACGUACUAGAGUUAUGAAUCUACGCGAUUCUAAUAAUCCCAAUUUGCGACUUAAUGUCCUAAUGGGACACGUGAGUCCGGACAAACUAGCAUCGAUGACAUCAGAAGAGAUGGCUAGUAAAGAAAUGAAAGAACUUCGUGAGAAAUAUACUAAAGAAACUAUAGAAGACCAUCAAAUGGCUGUAACUGGUGGAACGGAAACUGAUUUAUUACGAUGUGGAAAGUGUAAGCAGACCAAGUGUACAUAUAACCAGGUCCAAACUCGUAGUGCAGAUGAACCAAUGACCACUUUUGUCUAUUGUAACAAUUGCGGCCACCGUUGGAAAUUUUGCUGACAGCUCGGAAAAAUUGUCCAACCACACUUAUCCACUAAUUUUCUGCUGCGAUACUUAAUUAAAUUGUUUCAAUGUGAACACUAAUACUAAAGAAGAAACUAGAGAAGAAAUAUCCAUCUUCGUUUUUGACUUUGCUCAUUCUCGAAAAUCUGUUUUUUAGGAAGAAAUAGACUGUCAUAGUUGGACAAAAAGAUGAAUUAUGUCCCAUUAUUUUUUUUUGCGACUUGUUGUCUUACAUUGUCUGUCCAAAUAUAUCUGACACUUGUGUGUAAAUAUUUUGCAUGUAUAUGUUGGUGUUUGCGAAUCGCUCUACAUGAAAAUGUCAGUUUUAUUACAUAAAAUCUUUAUAAUAUACUUUGGUAAAAAUGUAUAGGGAAACAGUUUUCCGCUGAGAUUGUCGACCUGUAAAGUUGCUACUAUACUCCUAGUGUAUAUUUUACCGCUUUAUGUAACACACAAUAAUUGUUAUUCUAUUUUUAAGUCCUCAUUGUAUUAAAAAAAACCAUGAUUUAUUUAUAUAUAUUGUUUCUGUAAUUUUGCUUUAAGACUGUUCAUAAUUAAAGUAAUCUUCAUUAAUUCGUCUACAAUAUUGCCCUUCCUAUAGCAGCUUUAAAUUGUACACAAAUAAAAUAGUAUUACUUGUUUUAAUCCGUAUUUCAGAGUGAUAUGGUAAGUUAUGGCUAAUCAAAGCUUUGCCAACAUUGUAUCAGUCUUAUUUGUUAGAAUAUUGUCUAGACGAUUCUUUCAUCCAUCCAGUCAUUCGAACGCUAUGUAGAACCUGGCAUACAUGUGCAUCGGCUCAAGCUUCCACACCAUAUCAACGUAGGGAGAUCCCAGAUUGUAAACUUAAUAGAAAUAUCCGUUGUGGUAGGAAAAAUUCGGCAUAAACAAUAUGAUUAUAGGAGACAUGAAUUUGUGAGAUAAAAAAGUACAAGGGGAUUUCAAAACUCGAGAUCUGAGAUCAGACAAAGAUCCCUGUUUAACAAACACAAGUCAACUGGAGAGUGAGAUGACCAACUCAUUUACCCUUAGCAAAUCAAAAUCAUGUCACCUAUAUCUUAUGAUUAUUGGUUUGUGAAAUCAUUUUAAAC